CUAGUGGCCUUUUAGGGGAACUGUUCCUUCCACCACCACAUACGUGUCUUCCGACCCGCUACGGGAAACCACUUCCAGACUCCAGCUUCUUCCCUUCCUCGAGGAUAUUUAGAAGUGACAUUUUACUAACUGAGGUAGAGUCAGCCAUGGGGGAAGUCACCCUGCCACGCCGCAUGUUCCUCUGGUGCGUGGCGGUCAUCUACAUGGUUGCUUUUGUCUCCUUGUACGUGCAAGUACCAGGUCUCUAUGGGAAUGAGGGUCUGCUGCCGGCCCGCUGGCAGCUGCGCUACAGCGGGAAGCCCCUGCUGGAGCAGCUGCUGUCCUCUCCCACCCUGCUGUGGCUGGGACCUUGGCUCGGCCUGGACACCCACACCGCCAUGGAGCUGCUGUGCCUCGCGGGAGCUGCUCUCAGCCUGGCCGCCACGUUGUUCGAGGCUCUCCGACACAGCCUGGUGUUUUUCUGCCUGUGGACGCUGUACCUCUCCCUGUACCAGGUGGGCCAGGUUUUUCUCUACUUCCAGUGGGACAACCUCCUGCUGGAGACGGGGUUCCUCUGCAUCCUUGUGGCUCCCCUGACAUCUUUCAGCGGGCCGAGAGUGUUUAGGGAGCACGAUGGAGUGACUUUUUGGCUGGUCCGCUGGCUGCUCUUCAGACUGAUGUUUGCCUCUGGCGUGGUCAAACUCACGUCCAGAUGUCCUACAUGGUGGGGCCUCACAGCUUUGACGUAUCACUAUGAAACUCAGUGCAUCCCAACCCCCCUGGCCUGGUUUGCCCACCAGUUGCCAGUUUGGUGGCAGAAGCUGAGUGUGGUGGUAACCUUUGUCAUAGAGAUCGCUGUUCCUGUGCUGUUCUUCAGUCCGUUACGCAGGCUGAGACUUGGAGCGUUUUACACGCAGGUGCUGCUUCAAGUUCUCAUCAUUUUGUCUGGAAACUACAACUUCUUCAACCUGCUGACGCUGGCCCUUUGCUUGUCUCUGCUGGAUGAUCAGCAUGUGUAUUUCUGGCUGUGCAGGAGAGACAAACUGAAGGAUCAGAUCAACGGCUCGAAGCUGCAGUCGUGGCUGUGUUACCUGGUGGAGUUGGGGGUCUGGUCUCUCGUCAUCUUUGGGACAAUCGUUUGUUUUGACUUGCAGGUGGAUGCAACCAAGAAUCAUGUCUUAUCCCGGACAGCGUUCACGUUCCACCAGUUUAACCAGUUUCUGAAGACCGUCACCAUCCCCUGUGUCUGGAUCGGCGUCCUUUCCCUCACCUGGGAGAUGGUCACCUCCAUGUUCAGGUGUGCGUGCGUCUCCGGCUUCCUGAGGAGGUUUUGGAGGAUGAUCCAGUGGACGUUGGUUGCUACUGCGACUGCUUCCGUGUUUUCCAUCAGUCUGGUGCCGUUCACCUACAUUGAGUAUGACUCCAACGCCAGACUUUGGCCUGGAGUGCGUCAAGCCUACGACUUGGUAGAUCGCUACCAGUUGGUGAAUUCUUACGGCCUGUUCAGAAGAAUGACCGGAGUUGGUGGGAGGCCAGAAGUGGUCAUCGAGGGGAGUAGCGACGGAGUCACGUGGACGGAGAUUGAGUUCAUGUACAAGCCAGGGAACAUGACCGCGCCUCCUCCCGUGGUGACUCCACAUCAGCCCAGACUUGACUGGCAAAUGUGGUUUGCAGCCGUGGGGCCUCAUACUCAGUCCCCGUGGUUCACCAGCUUGAUAUACAGACUGCUGCAAGGAAAAAGAGACGUGAUCGAGCUGAUCCAGACAGAUGUGACCAAGUAUCCGUUUCACCUGCAGCCUCCCGCCUACAUCCGAGCCCACCGCUACAGAUACUGGUUUACUGAACCGAAGGCUGACGGCUCUUCCCCACAGCGAUGGUGGAGGAGAGUCUAUGAUGAGGAGUUUUAUCCCACAGUGCACCUGGGCAACACCUUUCUGGACGGCAUGCUCAACCAAUAUGGACUGAAGGACAAAUCCUCUUCUCGCCGUUUGUCUAACUCAAAUGCUGCCCAGGCUGUGAGAUGGCUGCGCUCUCAAGUCAGAGGCGUUCCUGCUCACACACUCAUAUGGACCCUCAUGGCCUGCAGUGCCACCUUCUGUCUGCUUCAGGGACUGCGAAACAGAAACCGAAGCUCCCAAGGAGCCUCUCUGAUUAAUCCUGAUACUACUACCACCAAACCCGACACAGCCGACGACGCAGACAGGCUUUUAGAAGACCAAAAAGAAACUGAACAAGCAGACUAUGAGGAAGAGGAGGACGAUGUGAGCUGCAGGGAUGAAGAUGUUGAAGAUGACAAAGAGGAGGGGAACGACCUUGUUGAUGAUAAUUCUGAGGAAGAAGAGGAGGUGGAAGAGGACAAGAUGCUUGAUGAAAGUUUUUAAAAAAGCCGUAAACUUUUACCCGUGUUGGAAAUUCCAGCUUGUUCAAGCCAAAGAGGUUGCUUUGUAAAUUCCAAGUGUUUCCUCAUCAGACGCCUUUCUGGCAUUUUGCACAGCUACACUAACCUGCACCUCUUACUAUCCUCUAAAAUAAGAUCAGGACCCCAGCUUCCUCUGCUUGGAGCACUGAAGACCCGGAGUGAAAGAACCAAGAAUGAAAGCAGAACAUUGAGGUUCCAGAUCCACUGGUUGUGAUGGGUUUUCUACACUAUCAUGUGUUUUGCUGUACUGAACUAAAAAUUAAGCACUUUCAUUUCUAAAUCUUUUACAUUUCUAGGAAAAAAGACCACAGACUGUAUGCUUUUUUAAAAUUUUUGUAAUAAAGUAAAAAUGUUUCCCA